AUGGAUCAUGAACAAUUAAAUUCUUUACUUUUUCUCGAGAAUACUGAUGAAAAAGAUGUUAACAUUAAUGUAGACAUCUCAAAUAAAAAUGAGGCCUUAGAAAAUUAUUUAAGUUUAUAUACCUCACAAAAUAUAUACGACGAACCGAUGAGCAAUAAUUCAAAUACAUUAAAUAGCAUAGGCUUAAAUAUUGCACACAAUUAUAUAGACUCAGACUUUUUUAAUAAUAUGGAGUGGAAUAAAUUGACAAAAAAUGAGAUAAAUAAUAUAAAUUCUUUACAAAAUAAUAACAUGAACGAUAUAUUCAAUAACGAAUCGUAUAACAACGGAACUGUUUUUGAAGAAGAUAUAACUAAAAAUAUAAAUGGAAUAUCUGAAAAUGAGUAUAGUGUGGAAAAAGAUUUCAAGUACUAUUUUUAUUGUAAAAAAAAAAAAAAAAAAAAAAUUGUCCAUAUGAAUAUACAGAUUGAACUAGUUACAUUUAUAUAUUUUUUAUUUAUAUAUGUUCUUCCCUUUUAUGAAAAAAGCAUAAGACACAAUGAACAAUACUACCACAUUGAAGGAAUAAAAAAUGAGAGUAACCAAGAAAUUGAAGAAUUAAACAGAUCAAAAAUUAUAAAAGAAAAUGUAAAAGUACAAGACGAUAGCGAUAUAAUAAAAGAAAUAGGGUUAAAAUAUAUCGAUAUUUCAAGUAUUUCAAAUGAAAAUAAUGAAGGAAAGGAAAACGUUUCAGUGGACAUACCAAAUAAGGAUCCUUCAAAUUUGAAGUCUGAAAAAAACCAAAUGAUGUACAACGAAUGUAAUUUAACCAAUGAUUUCUUCGAAACAGUUAAUAAUAUAAAUACUGAAGUGUCAGAAAAAUAUAACAAUUUAAAAGAUUCUUGUGAAAAUUUAUUAGAAGUCAUAAACAAAUCAGAAUAUGAGAAAAAGAUUAAUCAUUUAUUAAAUUUCAGCAACAGAAAUUCUGAACUUGUUGAUAAAUUUAAGCAAAAGAGUGAUGAAUGUAUCCAACGAUGUCGUAAAUUUGAAACGACAUCAGAAAAUAUUGUUGGUGAGUGUGUUAAUACCUUGGCACAUAACAGUCUUCUCUAUGCCCAGUGGGUCUCCUUACACUCUUGUGACAUUGAUCAAAUUGACAAUAUUUUAAAUGAUAUAAAAAUGUUUAUUCAAAUGAAUCAAUAA